AUGUCUACAAAUACAAAUAAUACAAAUAAUAGUAAUGAAUUCACAGAUGGUAAACAAUUCCUUCAAAAGUUAGAAGAUGAAGCCAAAGAUAUAGAAGCAAAAGCUUUUGAAAAAGAAAAGAAAUUACAUUAUCUCAUUACUUUGAUCAAAGAUGAAAGAGAAGUUGGUAAUGAAAAAUUAACAAAGGCAAAAGAGGAAUUAAAAUAUCUUCAAGAGAAAUUGAGUCAAUUAAGAGCUGUUUCAAUUGCAAAUAUUGAAGAUACUAAAAGGGAUAUAUUAACGCUACAAAGAACAUUGGAUGAAAUGAGAAGAAAAUCAAAUACUACGGAAUCACAAAUCAAGGUGAUUCAACAAUCACAUGAAUCAACAAUACCCAAUCAAACGGCAUCAACUGAGGAGUUGACAAAACAAUUGGAAGAAACUAAAGAAAUACAUUCAAAUGUUACAAAUGACUAUGAACAACUUAAAAAGGAUUCAAAAUUGGAAGAGGAAACAUUAAAGAAAAAUUAUUCUUUAUUAAUUGACAAGGAAAAAGCUUUAACAGAUAGAUUAAAUGAUACUUUAUAG